CGAGAAAAAGGGGCCUCCUUUUUCUCUGCUAGAGUAGGGGCUGGGCGGGGAUGAUAUGUAGUGACCCUGGAAGAGUAGCCUGACACCUGCCCCUCAGGAGAAGAAGUCCAGGAUCAGCUCUGGGAAAGCGCAGGCGGGGCCUGAGGGUCGUCUCAGCUCAUUUGGAGCCCUAGGGGGCGGGCCCGGCGGGGGCCAGGAGGAAGGAUGUGGAGAAGGGGAAUGUUGGUGGGGACCCUUAAGGGUGGGGAGAGCCCUUUACCAUGAGGACUCGCCGUGUGACCUUGGGCGAAGGUGUCACAGACCUGGAUUCCUCACUGUUAAAACCAGGAUAGCAAUAUUUGGCUCACCGCCCUCAGUGGGUUGAGGGGAAAAUCAGAAGUAGAUACUUUGUAACUUGUAAACUUCCAGCAGAUGUCAAGGUCAGAAGCUGAACAAAUGUCUGAGAACCCCAGAUUAUUUUGGUAGCAAGUGUCAAAAAUAUUUGCGGCAACAGUAUCUCGGAGUGGGAGAGGAGGAUAGCCUAGGUCCUGGAGCUAGAUAGAAGAUAAAGAGUCCGCUCUCUUCCUCGGCGCUGCCUACGAAGGUGGCAGCCAUCUUCUCCUCGGCAUCAUGGCCGCCCUCAGACCCCUUGUGAAGCCCAAGAUCGUCAAAAAGAGAACCAAGAAGUUCAUCCGGCACCAGUCAGACCGAUAUGUCAAAAUUAAGCGUAACUGGCGGAAACCCAGAGGCAUUGACAACAGGGUUCGUAGAAGAUUCAAGGGCCAGAUCUUGAUGCCCAACAUUGGUUAUGGAAGCAACAAAAAAACAAAGCACAUGCUGCCCAGUGGCUUCCGGAAGUUCCUGGUCCACAACGUCAAGGAGCUGGAAGUGCUGCUGAUGUGCAACAAUGGAAUUUUCCAAGUGUGUUCAGGGCUGUCUUGCUCCUUACCUACUUGAUUCUCUUACAGAUCUUACUGUGCCGAGAUCGCUCACAAUGUUUCCUCCAAGAACCGCAAAGCCAUCGUGGAAAGAGCUGCCCAACUGGCCAUCAGAGUCACCAACCCCAAUGCCAGGCUGCGCAGCGAAGAAAAUGAGUAGGCAGCUUGUGUGCACAUUUUCUGUUUAAAUAAAUGUAAAAA